AUGCUUCCUUCAUCACUGCUAUUAACACUCCUCGUGCUUCUCCCAAACAUCUCGCACGCCCAAACCACCUCCGCCAAACGAGGACUAACAUACUUGACCCCCGAGCACCCCAACGAUGACGAAUCCCUGCUUUCUGCAGAUACCUCCCUCACCUGGUACUACAGCUACAAAUCACUCCCCGAUGCCGCCGUCACAGGUCUCGAGUUCGUGCCCAUGCUCUGGGGCGAUCACGAUAACACAUUCGUCGCCGACGUGACCUCGCAGCUGCCAAACGUCAAGUACGUACUCGGCUUCAAUGAGCCAGACAUGUCGCUGGAUGUCGGCGGAACUGCAAUCUCGCCAGAGAGAGCAGCGUUCUUGUGGAAGCGCGAUAUACAGCCGCUGAAAGGGCAGGUGAAGUUGGGCGCGCCGGCGGUUAGUAGUGCGGAGUGGGGGAUGCCGUGGUUGAAGAGGCUUGAUUGGACUGACGGUGCUGUGGUUGGUGGUGGUAGCUUUUUUGACGCCUGUGAUGGGUGCUCGUUUGAUUUUAUACCGAUCCAUUGGUAUGGCAACUUUGAAGGGCUUGCCUCCCAUCUUGGACACUACCAUGUUACCUUCCCAGACCAAAAGCUGUGGAUCACAGAGUUGGGCUAUGCCCAUGUCGACCUGCAAGCAACUGAGGACUUCUUUAACACAACAAUGAACUAUCUCGACAACCUCGACUAUGUCGAGCGCUACAGCUGGUUCGGCGCCUUCAGAGCCGACGUUAGUAAUGUUGGCCCCAACGGGGCAAUGCUGAGUGCUGAUGGCGAGCUGACGGAUAUCGGGUUGUGGUAUCUGGACCUUGAAGGGUCGGGGGCGAGCUCUGGCACAGCUGCAGUGCUGGUGAAGAGGGUGGUUCUUUUGGGGGUGGUGGGAUUUGCGGUGGGGUGGGGGAUGCUUUGUUAG